GAAACCAUAGUUACAACACAUGCCACUGCAUCUUAUUGUUUUGUAACCAGUUUAGGGAGUGAAGUUACUUCCUGUGUAGGUUAAGGGGAUUUAAAACAUUAGGCAACAUAGCUGCUAGGGAUCACAACUCAUCUGUGAAGAGCGUCAGCGAGUGUCUAAUGGAAAUGGAUAAUGUUUAUGAAAUUGUUAAGGACACAUCUGAACUUCAAAAACAGAAUCACAAAAAAUGCAGAGGAAGUAGAUGUUUGGUGUCGAUCACAGUGGGUCUCGGGCUCAUUUGUGUUCUUCUGCUGAUAUCUGUCAUACUGCAACACAUCAGAAUCUUGUCUUUCGGUGAUAAACAAGGUUUGUUCUUCAUGUCCACUGAGUUGAAGAACUGGUCUGACAGCAGACAGUACUGCAGGGAUCGUGGGGCUGAUCUGGUCAUUAUCAACACUGAAGAGAAACAGAGGUUCAUAUCUUCAUUCGCCACGGAGAGUGUUUGGAUUGGUUUGUCAGACACAGAGGACGAGGGCAUCAUGAAAUGGGUGGAUAAUUCACCGCUGAAACAAGGGUUUUGGGAUGAGAGUGAGCCAAAUGACUUUGGUGGAAAUGAGGACUGUGUUGUUCUUAAUCCUGGAAGACCUAUCAUGAACAACUGGAAUGAUCUGUCAUGCUCAUACACAAUACAUUUUAUUUGUGAGAAAUAGGGUUCAUCUGUUCUUCUCAUGAUUUUGCUUGUAUUAUCUUAAGGAAUCAUACUUAUUGUGAUAUGAGGAUGUAUACUAUGGCACAACAAACCUCGGAUGUGUUGCUCCAUUAUAGCAGCAUGUCAAUGUCCUUCCUUAGCUGUUAUCAUGAAUCACACUCAAUAAAAUAUUUGUUGAUUGAACUGUA